CGGUUCCUGGGUGAGUUCACUAACCACGGAGGCCUCAGGAUUUACCUCCAUCCCAGAGACAUGUCCUGCUAUGAUCUGUGUCCUCCCACCCCAUGUGGCCCAACACCUCUGGCCAACAGCUGCAACGAGCCCUGCGUGCGGCAGUGCCAGGACUCAACGGUGGUGAUCCAGCCCUCACCUGUGGUGGUGACGCUGCCUGGACCCAUCCUCAGCUCCUUCCCGCAGAACACAGCUGUGGGAUCCUCAGCAUCUGCAGCUGUUGGGAGUGCUCUCAGUACUGGGGGGGUCCCCAUCUCCUCUGGUAGCUCCUCGGGAUUGGGGAGCUUGGGCUAUUCAGGCUUAGGCAGGGGGUACAGUCGUCCCUACCGUCGCUACAACACCUACCGCAGUGGCUUCUAUGGGCCAUGCUGA